AUGCUGAAUGACACUUCUGCCCCUGAAUUCAUCUUGUUGGGAUUCCCUGGACUCCAGAAGUUCCGGGUCCUCUUGUUCCUCACUUUCUUGAUGAUCUACCUCUUUGAAUUGCUUGGCAAUGCCUUGAUCAUUCUCAUCUCAAAUAUAGAUGCAGGUCUGCGCAUCCCCAUGUACUUCUUCCUGAGCAACUUCUCAUUCCUAGAGAUGUGCUACACCUCAGUCACAAUUCCUCGGCUGCUGCGGGACUUGCUCACAGGCUCCCAUGCCAUCUCCUUCCAGGUGUGCCUUACUCAGAUGUAUUUCUUCUUCUUCUUUGGAACCACAGAAUUCUUCCUCCUGGCUACCAUGGCAUAUGACAGGUAUUUAGCCAUUUGCCACCCCUUGCAGUAUCCAAUGCUCAUGGACAACCAUACCUGUGCCUGCCUAGCCUUGGGUUCCUGGUUGAGUGGCUUCCUGACACCCUUCUUGCCUAUCACCUACAUCUCCCAGCUUCCCUUCAACAGCAGCAACCAACUCGACCACUUCUUCUGUGACACGGCCCCCUUCAUUAAGCUGUCGACUGGUAACACCUUCAUGGCCAAUGCAAUGGUCUUCCUGGUCUCUGCGGUGGUUGUGCUCAUGUCUUUCCUUCUGACUUUGACUUCUUACACUCUGAUUGUUUCAACUGUCUGCCGUAUCCCAUCUGCUUCUGGAAAGCUCAAGGCCUUUUCCACGUGUUUCAGCCACCUCAUGGUGGUUACUAUCUUCUAUGGCACAGUCAUCUUCAUGUACCUCUGUCCACAUUUUGGCCGAGCUUCUGAGAUGGACAAAGUUGUAUCUGUGUUUUAUGUUAUCAUCACCCCAGUGUUGAAUCCUAUCAUCUAUACCCUGAGGAACAAAGAUGUGAAAAGAGCCUUACAGAAAGUCCUCAACCAAGUAAAGAACAAGUCCGGGUUAAUGGAUGCCUUCAAAGAAUGA